GUCAUGUCAUGGUUUACAGCUAAUGGCUAUUUUUGAUUUUGUUAUUUUUUGUCUUGGAUAAACCGUAAAAGAAAAGCCAAUAAUAAUAUCGGAUUGUACCCAACGCAAAGACUACUAUAGUGGUAGCUGAGACUGAGAACACUUGAUUAAAUGUAUCUAGGUAGUUUAGCAAAAAGUCGCUGCCAGUCUUUAGCCAGCCAGGCUGUUUCUUUUAACUAGCGUUAGCUAUAUUUAGCCUGUUAGUCGGAGCUCCAUAACCGUACGCAUAGAGCUCGAGAGCGCUGCUAAUGCUAGUUAAUUACCGUGUUGAUAGUGGUUGGGACGGGCGGUACGCUACUUGUUGACGCACUGCAAGCUAGUUAGCUAACAGGCUAGUUAGAAGGUUGUAUCUUACUAGCAGGGCAAUUUUGUCUCAUUGAAACACAGCAGCAUUUGUGCUAGGUGUUUGCAGCGUCGCGGCUAGUGAGGAGGGAUACCAAUCUAUCUGGCUAACGUUAACUUGCUAUGUUAUUGUUAGCUUUCUAGCCAGCUUACAUGUUGAUUAGCUAGGUAACGUUCAGCGACAUAAAAGUAUGAUCUUGACGAAUGUUGAGUAGCUAGCUAACUAUUAUAUUGCUAGCUAGUUCACUUUAACACUGAUGUAUGUUUUCCUUUGAGUCGGUUUACGUGAAAUAAGUCGCUGUGCACUUUAUUUGGAAGUUUACUAUCGUUACUUUACAUGGCUAUUUUGCAUCUGAGGGUGUUACAUAGUUUAUAGUUUAGUAGUCUCAGGCUAGUGACAUUUUUUAAAAUUUUCCGGAUGUAAAAUUAUCGACGCUGGUGUGUAUUUUUCUUUUUUCACUAUCCUUGAAUCUUAGGCUUAGUUGACAGAUCCAAUGGAAGAAUUAACGGCAGGUAGAAACCGCCACACCAAGCAGCGCAAGGAGCGGGCCAAGGUGGCGGACGAUCCCGAGAGCUGGAGGACCCCAAGGCGCAUGGACGCGCCCGAGUCUGGAAGGGGCUUCGGCUCUGCACCUGAGCGAGGCUUUCCCCGCAAGAGGGGUGGCGCAGGGAGCUUCAGUGGCAGCCCCAGGAGAGGGGGCUAUGGACCGCUCAGUGCCAGCGCUGGGCAGCGGCCUCACGGCGAGCUUAUGGAAGGGUUCAGGAAGUUCCCCGCUCCGGAGACCCGCCAGGGCCCGGAGGAUAACUGGAGAGAUCGCGCGUUUGCGCCGGACAGCCACAGGAAGAAGGGCUUUCACAAAGAGGAAGGGGAGCACCAGGCCGCCAGGUUAGAGCCCGGCAUGGAGUCGCCCAACCAGGAGGCACCCAGUUCCACCGCAGGCGGGCGCAGGGUCAGGAUGCGGGACCGCAGGAGGAUGCAGGCAGACCAGCAGGACGCCCCGGUGAUCGAUGAGUCCGGACUCAGUGAGGAGCAGCUGAUGGAGCUCAGGCAGGCCGAGAAUCGCAUCGGCAGGGAGUACAUCUACCGCCUGGAGAAGCGGUCCCGGAGCAGUCCCAGUGCCAGGUACAGGUGUUCCCUCUGUGAGCUGCUGCUGGACUCUCUCUCCGCCGCCCACAAACACAUCCGGGAGAAGUGGCACAAGAAGAGAGCACGGGACAAGCGGGAGGAGCUGAUGCUGUCGGAGAUCCUGCCGCCCACGGAGGCGCAGGUGGGAGCCGCGGAGGCGGCGCUCGAGCAGGUGGUGCUGGAGUGCGGGCUGAGCGAGGAGGAUGUGAGGAGGAGGCGUCAAAUCCUGUCCUCCAUGGAGGAGGUGAUCAGAGCCACACUGCCAGAUUGUUCGUUGAGGUUAUAUGGAUCGUCUUGCACUAAAUUCGGUUUCAAGGCUUCAGAUGUCAACAUGGAUGUCAAGUUUCCUUCUCAUAUGCAUCAGCCUGAUGUCCUUCUUUUGGUCCAGGAGAGUCUCUCUAGUAGCUCCCUGUACGGAGACCUUCAGGCGGAUUUCCACGCUCGGGUUCCUGUGCUCAUCUGCACAGAAAAGGCCAGUGGGCUCACCUGUAAGGUGAGCGCCGGCAAUGACUACGCCUACCUGACGACAACGUACCUGUCCGCGGUGGGAGAGCUGGAGCCCCGCCUCCUGCCCCUGGUAGUCGGCCUCCGACGCUGGGCGCAGAUCUGCCACGUGGACCAGCCAGAGGAGGGGGGGCUGCCCCCAUACGUCCUGGCGCUCAUGGUCAUCUACUUCCUGCAGCAGUGCAGAGAGCCUGUUCUGCCCGCCUACCUGGGCACCGGGAUUAAGGAGUUCUCCGUGAGCAGGCUGAUGGAUUUCAGGCUGACCGGCCUGGAGGCGGGCUGUGUCCUGUGGGAGUAUUGCCCCGCCCCCGAGAAAACCACGCCCCCCACAGAGAGCUGCUACAGGCAGGGCAAGGCACCCCUGCUCUUUCCAGCUGACAGGCAGAGCUCGGUCAGGGUGGGGCAGCUGUGGCUGGAGAUGCUGCGUUUCUAUUCGCUGGAGUUCCACAUGGCUGGUCACGUGAUCAGCGUCCGCACGAACUGCCUGCUGUCGCGUGAGGCGCGAGACUGGCCCAAAAACAGGAUCGCCAUCGAGGAUCCCUUUGCGGUGAAGAGAAACGUGGCUGGAACAGUGAACAGCCAGCUGAUGUACGGCUACAUCCUGCACUGCCUCAAAACCACCUACAAGUACUUCGGCCUGCCCCACACCACCAAUCACAGGCCGGACUCCCAGCACCGAGCCAAUCGCAGAGCAGAUGGCGCAGCCCUGUGUGAGGCGGAGCCAGGGGCGGGGUCGGACGACUUUGGGCUGAGCACGCUCCGGGUGACGUCCGACGCCAGGGGGGCGGACAGGAGCGCCGACUGCGUGAUCGAGGAGGAGAUCGUCAUAGAGACGGAGGAGAGCGAGGAUGCCGACCCCACGCACCUGCCCUACUUCCCGCAGGAGGCGGAGCAGGAGCCGGAGAGCAUGUCGGACUCCGAGGGAGCCGCGCCCGGGCCGGAUAACGAGGACCGCGCCCGGGCGGAUGAAGAGGAGGAAGAUGAGGAAGAGGAGGACCCAGAGGAAGGUGGAAGAGCAUUUGGGAAUUGCCUCCCGGACAGCCUCACCCCUGAGCGGGACCUCUACCCCCUGGACGCUGUGUCAGGGGAGGAGCUGCUCUCGGAGGGGGAGGGGCCAAUGGACGUGCCCAGCUCGGUAGGAGAGGAAGAGCCGGCCCCCCAGCCAGCCACUCCAGGCUCUCCCCCGGGUAAAAAUGGGAGACCAGAGAAUGAAGGCCACGCCCCCAGCAGCCUCCGCUACCAGUUCAACAAGCAGGCCUUCACCCGCGGAAAGUCCCACGCUCUGGUGUGUGGUCUUUGUAAACGUGAUGGACACUUAAAGCGCGACUGUCCCGAAGACUUCAAGAGGGUUGAGCUGGACCCUCUGCCGACCAUGACGCCCAAGUUCCUUGAAAUUCUGAACGAAGUUUGUGUUCAGUGCUACAUGGAUUUUGCUCCAGACGAGCUGGAGGAGCGGGUUCGAGAACACAUCCUGCAGGACCUGGAGAAACACAUCAGAUGCCAGUUUGAAGGGGCCAAGCUGAGGCUGUUUGGGUCUUCAAAGAACGGCUUUGGAUUCAAGCAGAGUGACCUGGACAUCUGCAUGGUCCUGGAGGGAAGAGACGGUGUGGAGGGGUUGGACUGCAUUGCCAUCAUCGACAGCCUGGCCAGAGACCUGAAGAAGCACCCAGGCUUGCGCAACAUCCUGCCGAUCACCACAGCCAAAGUGCCGAUAGUGAAGUUCUUCCAUGUGAGGACCGGUCUGGAGGGAGACAUCAGCCUCUAUAACACCCUGGCUCUGCAUAACACUCAGCUGCUGGCGUCUUACGCCGCCAUCGAUCCUCGAGUCAAACAGCUCUGCUACGUCAUGAAGGUGUUCGCUAAGGUGUGCGAUAUCGGGGAUGCAUCUCGGGGAAGCCUGUCCUCCUACGCCUACACCCUGAUGGUGCUGUACUUCCUACAGCAGAGAACCCCGCCUGUCAUACCCGUCCUGCAAGAGAUUUACGAUGGGGAUAAGAAGCCGGAGGUGUUGGUUGAUGGGUGGAAUGUUUACUUCUUCAAGAAUCUGGAAGAUCUGCCCAGCCGGUGGCCUGCGUACAGGACGAACACGGAGAGCGUGGGGCAGCUGUGGCUGGGUUUGCUCUGCUUCUACACCGAGGAGUUUGACUUCAGGGAGCACGUGGUCUGCAUCCGGCGCAAGCUCCCCCUCACCACCUUCAAAAAGCAGUGGACCUCCAAAUACAUCGCCAUCGAAGAUCCCUUUGACCUGAACCAUAACCUGGGGGCUGGUCUGUCCAGGAGAAUGACCAAUUUCAUCAUGAAGGCUUUCAUUAAUGGAAGACGGGUCUUUGGCUCUCCGGUCAAGGUUUUCCCCCCGGAGUACUCCUGCAGAAUGGAGUACUUCUUCGACCCCGAGGUGCUGACCGAGGGCGAGCUGGCUCCAAACGACCGCUGCUGCCGCAUCUGUGGGAAAAUCGGCCACUUCAUGAAGGACUGCCCGCUGCGCAGGAAAGUAAGACCUAGACGGGGCCAUGAGGAUGGGCGGCGGCAUAUUGAGCAGGAAAGGGCGGAGCCUCAGGACCACGCCCUCCAGCAGACAGACAGACGGAGGCAGGAGGACUGGGAAACCAGAGAGAGGCGCUGUUUCCUGUGUGGGUCCCACGCCCACAUUAAGAAGGAAUGUCCCCAACACAGGAACUCCACAGGGCUCACCUCAGCGGGAGGAAAAGAAGCAGGUGAUUUUGAGCCCUGCUGCAGGUAGUCUUGUGAGUAGGAAUAUGACUCAGGGAAGAUCCUGGCAGAAGAAAAGCAGCCAGAACUGAGAGGUGCUAGAGGAGCAAGAGGUGCUGGAGGUGCAGGGGGAGCAGGAGGUGUUGGGAGUGCAGGGGGAGCAGGAGCUCCACUUGGUUCUCCGUGCUGCAGGGAGACGCAGGUCUUCCACUCCUCCCCACUGAGACCCACACUGAGCCAAAGGUGUUAAUGUUUUUUAAAAGCUCCUUUCAGGGGCAGUUUUUAUUCACCAUCAGUGUUUUAAACCAAAGCCAUUGUGCGUGCUCUUUUGUUAACUAGAUAUUUUUUUUUUUUUUUUUUUUUGCACUGUGAAACUGCAUUCAUGUCCAGCAGACACAGUGUAGCUGAGGUUUUGAAAGUGGUACAAUGUGCGAUGACAUGAGCUUGCAGGUCUGAUGCAUUUCUGUUGAGCGAUGGUGUACCGUAAGAACGAGGCUGUGUGCUUUUGACUUAUACGCAAAAUAAUUCUGUCCUCAAAUAAUCGAUUCUUCUAUGUUCUACUUCUCAAACGAUCAAAUAUAAACACAAUUAAACUACAUGUUCCCCAAAACACUCACACACACACACGCACGCAGUUCCUGUGGACUGGCACUGUGGUCCUCUUGCUGAGGGGAGCGGUUGUGUUUGUAAAUGUUUGCCUGUUCAAACACAAGAUUAUCCAAGGAAUCAAUUCUGGUUGUUUUUCUGUAAGUUAAUAAGGAAAUUGUUGCCGGUAUCCCAAAAACUAGUAUUGCACAUGAUCUGAGGACAAAUACCCUUACAGAAAUGGAAUAUUCUGCAAUAUGUUGAAAAACUAUAUUGACAAGAUCAGAACAAGAAACUUCAACAUUUCAAAAUAUAUGCUUAAAUAUACAAAGGAUUGCCAUUUUCAAAUAGUGCAGAAAUGUUUUUUUUUUUUUUUAAUAUAUAGAUGUAGGAUAUUUAACAUUUUCUAAGUCAAUUUUGUUUUAUUUCAGUGUAUUCAAAUUCUGUAAGGGUAUGUUUCAAAAUGUUUUUUAUUUCUAUAAUUUAGUUGUGUAAAAUGUUGUGUUUAAAAUAAACAUUUUAAAGUCUUGAUAGCAAGAAUAUGGAUUUAAAUCAAAAGCACACAGCCCUUAAUGUGAGUUUGUUUUGCUGGAUGAUGUUAUGGCCUCUGUGCUUUGCAUAGUAAGGUGGGGCUCAAUCUCAAUUUGCUGCUAUAACUGAAUCUACUGUCUGCCAAACCUUCCCUGGAAAUAAAAUCUCUUUAAAACCCGUU